CAACCUUAAAAUUUUUGUACUUAACAAUUUUAUUUUUCUUGUAACUGCAACGCAUUACAGUUACGGGUGCCUUUUAACUCAUGCCACCAUGAAGCUUUGGCACCAAAGCGACUUAUCCUAAUUCUAAUUCCAAGCGCCGCCCUUCUCUCUCUUCAGUUCCCAUCAGAAACUUGGAAAUUCUCAGACGUUUCCUCUCAAUCGCUUCAAGUUUCCUCCUCAAAAGGAAAAGCAAUUGCCUUGCCCGCUAACGCUGCUGCUAGGGUUUUGGAUUUUGGAGUUUGACUCUUUACUCAGACGCAUGAACCAUCUAAAAUUGUCUUAGAAUGGAAAGUCCAACUAUUUAAGCACUCUUUUUCAUUGCAAUAUGAAAAGAAACUUGUAGAGUUUUGACCUAUUCCUUAACCUUCUUCUGAUAAGGGACAACAAGCUAUUGUAACUCUCAAGAUAUGGGAUGUCUGGUUUCAACACCGAUGGAUUCUGGGGGAAAUAGGAGGAGGCCAGGAAAUAUUGGAGAAGUUUCUGUGUAUGUACCAGGUUUACGAAUUCCCAAGCCUAUUGAUUUCUUUCAAUCACUCAGUGGUCACUUGUCAAAGACGUUAGUGGAACGCCUUACUGCCUUGAGAACUCGUAUAGUUGUUAUAGCUGGCCAAGAAGCACCUACAAUUACAAGAACAAGGAGGAAAACUGCUACACAGCAUGGAGGUUCAACAUUGGCAGAUCUUCAUCAGGCUCUUGAAGACUACUUGCCUAUGCUUUUGGGAUUAGUUACAGAUGGGAGCCAGCUACAAUACAAAGUACAGUUUAUUUGGAUAAAUCAGGAGGAUGAUGCUGAGGAAACAGCCAUGUUUAAUGCUUGGUAUGAAGUGUUGUCAGUAUUGCAUUUGAUGGCGAUGUUAUCAUUAUCACAAGCCAACUUAUUGCUUCUUCCAAGGACUUCUGCUGAUGGUUAUCAGCCAAAAGUAUCAGAAGAAAGCAGACGAGCUUCUAUUGAUAUUUUCUUGAAGGCAGCUGGAUACUUGGAUUAUGCUGUCAGGCAUGUUCUCCCUCAGUUGCCACCUGAACUCAGGAGAAAUUUACCAGUAGACCUAGCAGAAGGAGUUCUUCGAGCACUUUGUUUGCAAGCAUUAGGGCAGGGUGUUGAUAUCCAGCUUGGAAUGGCAAUUGAUAGUACCAAGGCUACGCUAGCUGUGAAGCGAAGGCUUGGAUGUGAGAUGGUGAAAUACUGGCAGCAGGCUCAAGAUAACAUUAUGAAUCUACCAUUAUCAAAUGGAUGGGGUGAAAAGCAUCGACUUUUUAUAAAGUGGAAAUAUAUUGAAGCUAAGGCUGCAGCAUAUUAUUAUCAUGGUUUAAUCCUUGAUGAGGGAAACACAGAGAAAUCCCAUGGUAUGGCUGUAGCUGCUUUGCAAGCUGCUGAUGAAUAUUUCAAAGAAAGUAAGAAGGCUUGUGAGGUGUUUAAUGCAGCUCAUCCUUUGUCUAGAAAUCCACCUCUUUGGGGGACCAUGAAGUAUCUAUCUGAGAAAAUUCCAAAAGACACUUCUAGCAAGGUGCGGAUAAACCGUGACCUCUACUCUUAUGAAAAAAUCAUGGAGACAGCUCCAACUUUACCAGAUUUUGCUUUAGCGUUGAAACCUGAUGAAUGUCAUCUACCUCCGGUGGAUCCCUCAUGGAAUGAGAAUGUACAGGUGAGCCACAUUGGCAUUUAAUUAGGUGGAGCGUGAUAAAAGAUAACUGUUUAUAAUGAUAAUUUUUGUGUAUCAAAGAGAUACAAGGGCCUGCCAGGCACAAAAAUAUAAAGCUUUAAAUGUAGUUAGACUUCUCCAAUUGUUGUGUGUAGCAGAGUUCCAUCGACUUCUAUCUUUUUAUUUUUCUUAUUCCUUCGCAAUAACUUUUUUCCCCAUAAAUAUGCUGUAAUAAGGCCUUGUUCAAAAUCAUAUUCUGUGUAAAUUGACCGAUUGCAGAAGAAGAAUUAUUCUGUCCAUUUCCUUAUAAAUGUAUGCCUCUUUUUUUGCCUAUUCCCUGUGCAAUCUGCCUCGUCAUCAAUGUAAUAUUUUCACCAUCUUCCUUUUUCUAUCUUUAUUACUUUUCUUGUCCUUUCAUUCCUUGACUAUUCUAUCUUCAUUUUUCGCAUUAUUAGUCAUCAAAUUAUGGAUUAAAUUUGGAUGGGGUGAGUAAAUAAUUUAUUUAGACCCAAGUAAAAUUGCAUU